UAUCUCGCGACACACCAAUACCAAAAUCUGCGUGAAGUUGUUAUUUUGAGUUGUUUGUUGAUGAAUUUCUUUUUUUUUAACUUUGUUUAUAUUUAUAUUAAAAUUUUAACAUUUCAUCUAAAAUUGCAAGAGAAGUUUGGUUUGCUGCGUUGAAAUCGAGGUUAAAUAUCUGGUCAAACUCAAAACGCAACCAGAUUUCGAUCGAGUUGGAAGCAAAUUUCUGCGCAACAAGUUAAAAAACGAUGGUUUACACGGCCAAAAAGUGGAUCUACGCGCGUGCCUUCGACGGCGAACCCAAGCUGGACGAUUUCCGCCUCGAAGAGGAAGUCAUGCCCGAGCUUCAGGAUGGAGAAUUCCUCGCCGAGGCCGAGUUUCUCAGCGUCGAUCCGUACAUGCGGAUCUACAUUCUGUCGUACCCGGUGGGUUCCGUCAUGAUCGGAGGGCAGGUAGCGCGCGUUCUGGAGAGUCGAAACGCGGGCUUUCCCGUGGGGGCGUACGUGUUUGGCCAGUUUGGUUGGCGCACGGUGUCGAUUUGUGAUCCGAGGGGGAUCACCGUGAGGAAGCCGUACGUGCUGCCGGAUUUUGGGGCGGGUGUUCCGCGAUCGGUGGGAAUUGGGGCUUGCGGAACGGUGGGGAAUUCGGCGUAUUUUGGAUUUUUGGAGAUUUGCAGGCCGAAGGUUGGGGAGACGGUUGUGGUGAGUGGGGCGGCCGGGGCCGUUGGGAGUCUUGUUGGGCAGAUCGGGAAGAUUAAGGGAUGCAGGGUGGUUGGGAUCGCCGGGACGGAUGAGAAGUGUGCGUGGUUGAGGGAGCUGGGGUUUGACGAAGCGAUCAACUAUAAAACGGCGGAUAUUGAGGCUGAGCUGGGGGUGGCGGCACCGGAAGGGGUGGACUGCUACUUUGACAACGUUGGAGGGAAGAUAUCGGAAAUGGUGAGGAAGCAGAUGCGGUCACGUGGCAGGAUUGCUGUUUGCGGGACGAUUUCGAUGUACAAUGGGAGUCCGACGCAGGUCGCGGAUCCGCAGCGGGAUUUUGUGUGGAAGGAACUGGUCCAGGAGGGGUUCAGCGUGCACCGUUGGACGGAUCGGUGGCUCGAGGGGAUCGGGCAGAACUUGAAGUGGAUCCAGGAGGGGAAGUUGAAGUACAGGGAAACUGUGACGGAGGGUUUUGAGAACAUGCCGAAGGCGUUUAUCGAGAUGAUGAAGGGAGGAAAUAUUGGGAAGGCCAUUGUAAAGGUUUGAUUCGCGGUUUUUUUUCAUAUUUCUAAACGAAAUAAACUUUCAAAAAUGAAUUUGAUUCCUAAAUCUAAAUAGGUCCAUUUCCCUUAGUAGAGUAGACUCGUAAAAAGCUUCAAAUUGGAGAGAGCUUUCACAAGAUUUGACACUUCAAAGUGAAACGUUUCGCUAUCAACCGCAAGAGGCGCUGUAGAAGAUCUGCUUCAUCUAGUAGCCACUGGAAUUCAAAGCCUGAAUGAAGGCUUGAGCAAACUUCAAAUUUUCGCCACGUGUCUAAUGAAAAAAAGUCUAGAUUUUUCAUUUUUAAAAUUCUUUGGUGAUUUUUACUAAAAUCGAAUAAAUUAAAAUUCUCACAGACAUUUA